GCGAAAGCGAGUGAAGCUAAAGACAUCAAGCUGUACGGUCAGGUUCCUCCUAUAGAGAAAAUGGAUUCUUCUCUUUCCUCGCUCACCAGCUGCGAGAAGCUGUCGCUGUCCACAAAUUGCAUUGAGAAAAUAUCCAACCUCAAUGGUUUCAAGAACUUGAGGAUAUUGUCUUUAAGCAGAAAUAAUAUAAAGACACUUGCUGGGCUGGAGGCUGUAGGACACACAUUAGACGAAUUAUGGAUUUCCUAUAAUUUGAUAGAGAAGCUGAAAGGAAUCAACUCCAUGAUGAAAUUAAAAGUCCUGUAUAUGUCCAACAACCUGGUCAAAGACUGGGCAGAGUUUGUGAGGCUUGCUGACCUGCCAUGCUUAGCGGAGCUGAUUUUUGUUGGAAAUCCCCUGCAGGAGAGGCAUGUUUCAGAGGGGAACUGGAUGGAGGAAGCCUGUAAAAAACUUCCUAACCUGAAGAAACUAGAUGGAACAGUGGUCAUCAAACAUGAUGUGGAGCAGGGAGAAGGAAAGAGCUGAGAAGAUGAGCGUCCAUCUGAACGUCUUCCUUUUUAAAUUUUUUUUUUUAUAUAUAUUUUUGUCAUGGUGCUCCUGGUUUUGCAUGAAAACAUUCAAAAGGAAUGAGUGCUGCUGACCAACAAUCACAAAAUGUCAACAAAAAAUAGACACUAUGCAUUUAGGAUAAAAUAAGAUUUAUACAUGGUCUUACAGUAACUACAUGAAUUGUAUUUUUAAACGGAAUUUACAGUUUACAGCUUGGAGGUAAAGUUCUGUUUGUGUAGCAAAAACAAACAACUUAAGUGUCCUUCAUAGGAAACAUUACAGCGCAGUAUAGCACAUAAAUUAAAGAGCUCAAACUUCUUUGUGGACCAAAUGCUGAUCAGGCAAGAAGAUAUGAUUAGAAAAAAAUGAUGUGCCUGUCAACAAAAAUAGAAGAUUCAGUUUAAACAGCCAACAUUUUCAAGUAUUUGCUGAAAUAAAGCGUUAUAAGAAAAAUCUUAC